UUUCUCAUCUGAGGACCUGAGAAAGGAGCUGUCAGGUCUGACAAAGAGUCUGGAGAAGAUCAGCCAGUGUGAGAUCAUGACAUGGACUCCAUCAGGUCAUGAAGCUCCAAUUUUUGUCCUCCGGCCUCCUGAACCUCAGAGCAGAGAUGACUUUUUAAAAUACUUCUGUCCCCUCACACCAGACAUCAACACGGCACACAGAGAGAUCCGUCUGACCGAAGGGAACAAGAAGGUGACACGUGAGAGGACAGAGGCUGAAUAUCCUGAUCAUCCUGACAGAUUUGACCGAUGUGCCCAACUUCUGUGCAGAGAGGCUUUGACUGGGACUCGCUGUUACUGGGAGGUGAAGUGCAGUGGAGACUUCAUGGAGAUUGGAGUCGCAUAUAAAGGACUGAGCAGGAAAGGAUGGGGCGAGGAGUGUGGCCUUGGAAACAAUGACAAGUCCUGGUGUUUACGGUUGUCUCAAUCCCAGUACUCUGUGCGUUACAAUAUGAAGCAGACUGUAAUCAGCGCCCCCUACAGCCCCAGAAUAGGUGUGUAUCUGGACUGGCCUGCUGGCUCUCUGUCAUUUUAUAGUGUCUCACACACAAUGACCCUCCUGCACAGGUUCAAUACCUCCUUCACUGAGCUGCUCCACCCAGGGUUUUAUCUUAGUCGUAAUUCCAUUGUAACAAUCUGCCAUCCGACACCAUGUGACGAAUGACCAGUACCCUCCACCGGUCACUUGAUGUCCCCACACACUCAGGUGUCUUUGUGUUUGCAGUUUAAGGUCAAAAUUAUUUUUACACUAUAGGUGGGGGUGGAGGGUAGCACCUCUGUGAGUGAAUUUCUUGAUGAGAAUGCGGGGCGAGUGCGACUGUCAUUGUCACCAUUAUUAAUGGGUUUGAGUAGCCAAUCAGGUGUACGGUGUCAAUUUUAGGACAUCCUCCUCCCUCAGAGAAAACUCCAUCAUUCCUACUACCUUCAACAAAAUAUUCCUCCUCCCUGCGAGGAAUCCCCCGUCACCCCUCCUCCCUCCUUCCACCACCGUCUGCUCUCAGUUCGCUGAUAUCCGUUCUCCUAUCUCUGUCAUCUGCCUUCAGCUCUCCGUCAACCCCAACACCACCCCCGUCCCCCCAUCACGGCAUUUUCGUUAAUGAAGUGACGUAAUACUCCAGCUCCACCUUCUUCACAAGUUCGUUCGCUGAAUUAUUUGUCAAUUAUAUUUACAGUAAGAAUUUACAGCACGACUCAAACGUGGGAACGAAGGUAAAUGAUGUUGUUCAGUGUCACUGUACAGGUGUUUGUGUUGUAGUGAUGGGUGGUGACACCUCAGACCUACCAGACUGACCAGCAGGGAUCACUGUUGAGUCACAGCCACAUUUCCUGCAGGCUGACGUCCGAACUGCUUUGGCCUCUGAGUGUCGCUGAAUGUCACCUGCUCAGUCAUUCUAUAUAGCGCCUUUCAGUAGCAUUGCUCCAGCAGGACCACAUGACUGUCUUAGUAUUAAGAGCCUCAUUCCAGUGACUAAUUAGGAGCACAGAGUGACAGAAGUGACUGGAGUGCUGGCCUCUCAAAAGACAUUUUCUGCCCCUCUAUUAGUUACUCAAGACGAGGACUCACCGCUCAGUCACAUAUCGGCCAUACUGAUGGAGUUUGGUGUUUUACUGAGUCACUUGGUGUCACGUUAGACAUUAAACUGCACCUCCUCCUUGCUGUUCCCACUGUCACCCAACCUCAAGGAGAUGAGUCAGCUGACUGACUUCACCUUCACUGUCAGUGAUCAAAGUGAAAAUCAGAUUUUACACUUGAAGACACUUCUAUCUUUCCACUGACACAAAAAUUCCCAGGAUUAAUUUACAAUUCCUUCAGGACCCCUCAAGGAGCGGGUCACCUGACAUCAGUUUGUGUGAAGAAGCCAAUGAAUGCCCAGGCUGACAAACCCGCUGUGUAUUACAGGCCUCACCAGCAGAUGGCGACUAUAACUUCUAAAUCUGUCAUCUUUACGGAACCUGAGGGGUUAAAAGGAAGAGGAGAAGGUGAGAAAAGAGUGAGGGGUGAGGAUGAUAGAGAAGAGAAUCAGGGGGAUUAAGGGUGAGAUGAAUUACCUGAGACAGAGUGAGUCAGAAGAGUGUGUCACUUGUGUGUUUGUGAGUUUUGUUCCUCCAUCCUGAUUUUCUCCUCUUUGACUCGCCACACGCUGAUGGCCGUCCUGUGAUCACAGAUUGUAUUCCUCGUUGAUCAAAUCCGUAUCUCGAUGUGUGACUGACGUGUGAUUCUUUAAGCAGGUUGUUACCCAAUGAGCUCUUCACUGCUGACAUAAACCCUGCUUCCCUCUUCUCUCUCCUGUCACCUUGGCCAUUGCUUCAGUCCCCACUGUGUGACCUCAUAAAGCCACUGGUCUGUCUAGUCACUCAGGUCCUCGUCACAGCUGCACACUGGAAGUCGUUCAAACUCUGCAGGCUGAGAGCCAUGUUGUCCUGUCAUCUGAUGUUUGUGUUGGUUGAGGUCGUCUCCUGCUGACCUUGGGGGCUUUUAGAGCUCAGGAUUAUUGAAAUGGAAAUGUCAGUCAGCAGUGUGGGCAGGUAAGCAGGUGGGCACAUUCGGGACAAAAUGUAAUUUAAAAGUCAAUUAGCACAUUGGACACAUCACCAGUCAUUGAUAAUCGACUCCAUGUUAGCUCCUGUGGCCCUCAUCAUGUGCUGUCAACUCAGACGAUGGUCAUGUGACUUGCACCUUUGUGACAUUCCUAGGACUUUCAGGACUGUGACAUCAGCUGAUUCUUCUGGAGCCAAACUGCUCCCUCUUGUGGCCUCUCUCCAUAUUAAACACAGGAAAAGUUAGGAUGUGAAGUGUUUGGUGAGAUCUAAAAAAAUAU